AUGGCAGAAUUAAUGACAAAGCUAUGGUUAAGUUAUAACUACAUAUUUGAUGAAUUAGCAGACGAAAGAACGAAGAAAUUAUUUUUAGCUGGAAGACCGCUGCCCUUGGUCGUGCUACUUGGGUUUUAUUUGAUGUUCGUGUUAAAAUGGGGACCUUUGUGGAUGAAGAAGCGAGCUCCUUUUAACCUAGAGAAAGUUAUUAUGCUGUAUAAUGCCGCUCAAGUAGUUUCAUGUGCAUAUACAUUUGUGAACGGAUUGAGGUUAGGAUGGGGCUGGCACUAUAAAUGGGUCUGUGAACCGGUUGAUUUCUCUAAUAGCUCCAGAGCAUUAGAAGUAGCACACUUAGUCUACUUCUAUUUUAUUCUAAAGAUCGUCGACCUCAUGGAUACGAUAUUUUUUAUUCUAAGGAAGAAAUUCAAUCAAGUUACCUUCCUUCAUGUGUACCAUCAUACUGGUAUGGCCCUAUUAAUCUGGGGUGCAGUUACAUAUUAUCCAGGUGGCCACGGUACGUUAGUCGGUGUAAUCAAUAGCUUUGUGCACGUCGUGAUGUAUUCCUACUAUUUUCUAACGGUAGCUUUUCCCAGUAUGAAGCGGACGUCCUGGUGGAAGAAAUAUAUAACACAGUUGCAAAUUUUACAGUUUUUAUUCACUAUAAUCCACAUGUGCUCAAUUAUUUUCAAGCCAGAUUGUGCGUACCCGCGGUGGAUUGCGCUAGUUUUUCUGCCGCAAAACGUAUUCAUGCUUGUGCUUUUUAUUGACUUUUACAUAAAUGUGUAUGUAAGGAAACCGAAAGCCAUAGUAAAGCCGCGUAUCAUGGAAGUAGGAUCAAACAAUUUAAGUAGAGUAGAAGAAGAUAAAAAAGUAAAUGAAGAUGAAGCUACUUUUGAAUCUGCCAUGAAGAAAAGAAAGAAUAUCCUUGAUUUAAUAAUCAAAGACAAAAUUGUGCUGCAGUCAUCGGACCUU